AUGGCUUCUUCAUUGAGGAUCUCAAGGUUCAUCUCUAGAUCAGUUUUUUCUUCUUCAUUGUUCUCUCGAGGUUUGAGUAGAGUCUGUAAAUAUAGCAGCGAUGCUUCUUCCAUCGAAGAACCAAUCAAACCAACGUUUGAAGUUGAUCAUACUCAGCUUUUGAUUGAUGGAAAAUUUGUAGAUUCUGCAUCUGGUAAAACAUUUCCAACGUUGGAUCCAAGAAAUGGCCAAGUGAUUGCUCAUGUUGCUGAAGGUCAACAUGAAGAUGUUGAUCGAGCUGUUGCUGCUGCACGUAAAGCAUUUGAUCAUGGACCAUGGCCUAAGAUGACAGCAUAUGAAAGGCAAAGGAUAUUGUUACGAGCUGCUGAUUUGCUUGAAAAGCAUAAUAAUGAGCUUGCAACACUUGAGACAUGGGAUAAUGGGAAGCCUUAUGAACAAGCUGCUGAGAUCGAAGUUCCAAUGCUGACCCGCUUAAUUCGGUACUAUGCUGGUUGGGCAGAUAAGAUUCAUGGUCUCACAGUUCCAGCUGAUGGACCACAUCAGGUGCAUACAUUGCAUGAACCAAUUGGUGUUGCUGGUCAGAUCAUUCCAUGGAAUUUUCCUCUUCUCAUGUUUGGUUGGAAGGUCGGACCGGCAUUGGCAUGUGGCAACACUAUUGUUCUGAAAACAUCUGAGCAGACACCGUUGUCUGCUUUGUAUGCAGCAAAACUAUUUCAUGAGGCAGGACUUCCUCCGGGUGUUUUGAAUAUAGUGUCUGGCUUUGGUCCAACAGCCGGUGCCGCUCUAGCUAGUCAUAUGGAUGUGGAUAAGAUCGCUUUUACAGGUUCAACUGUUACUGGAAAAAUUAUCCUUGAACUAGCUGCUAAAAGCAAUUUGAAGGCUGCAACUUUGGAGCUUGGUGGAAAAUCUCCCUUUAUUAUAUGUGAAGAUGCUGAUGUAGAUCAGGCUGUUGAAUUAGCACACUUCGCCUUGUUCUUCAACCAGGGACAAUGUUGCUGUGCUGGCUCUCGAACGUUUGUCCAUGAACGCGUGUAUGAUGAGUUUGUUGAGAAAGCAAAGGCCCGCGCUUUGAAACGCGUUGUUGGAGAUCCAUUCAAGACAGGAGUAGAGCAAGGACCUCAGAUUGAUUCAAAACAAUUUGAGAAAAUUCUCAAGUAUAUUAACUCCGGUGUUGAAAAUGGCGCUACACUGGAAGCUGGAGGAGAAAAAAUUGGCAACAAGGGCUUCUAUAUACAGCCAACUGUCUUCUCAAACGUUCAGGAUGAAAUGCUUAUUGCGAAGGAUGAGAUUUUCGGUCCAGUGCAAACCAUUUUGAAAUUUAAGGACAUUGAUGAGGUAAUUCAAAGAGCGAAUAACUCGCGUUUUGGCCUUGCGGCAGGGGUCUUCACGAAAAACAUAGACACGGCUAAUACUUUGACAAGAGCAUUGAGAGUUGGAUCGGUUUGGGUAAAUUGCUAUGAUGUAUUUGAUGCUACAAUUCCUUUUGGUGGGUAUAAGAUGAGUGGACAAGGAAGAGAAAAAGGAGAAUAUAGUCUUAAGAACUACUUGCAAGUGAAAGCUGUUGUUACUCCUUUGAAGAACCCAGCAUGGCUUUGA